UGCCAGUUUGUGAGAUGCAUCGUUAUAACAUAUUGGCGGUUGGUGCGGCGGCUUGCCUUUCAGCCGCAAUCACCUGGUAUCUAGUAGAUCCACAUGCAUUUGUGUUGCACAAACUCCAUCUCCAACCACGACUACUUUCCACCAGCAGGGACACUGUUUCCACGUCGAAUUUCGCCUUCUACAAAUUGAGCCUCCAAUGGCCACCUUCCACGUGUACUUCGGAGCCUCCUGCAGGUUUGAAUUGUCGAGGACCUGUCCCCGGCCAGUUUACCAUCCAUGGUUUAUGGCCACAGGAUGCCAAAGACAAAAGAAUACCCCCCUAUAAUCCAGCGAAUCCUUGUACCACUGACAUACCUAUAUCUCCUGAUAAUCUCAUACCUUAUCUACAGCAGAUCGACGAGAAAUUAAAGCGACUAUGGCCAAACUUAAGGAACUCCGGAAGUGAGCAGCAAAAUCAAUUUUUUUGGAGAGAAGAAUGGAGAAAACAUGGAAUGUGUUCUGAUUAUCCAGAUGAGCCUUUUGACUAUUUCAACUCUGCCUUAAAUCUUAGAGAUGGCUUCGAUCCAGCCUUUCAACUUACUCCUGGAAAAAGUUACACGGUAAAACAGGUCGCAGAUGCAGUUCGAAGGCAAGUAGGAGCAAAACCUGAGAUUGCUUGCAGCAGAAGUAAAGAGGUUAAAAAAAGGCUCCAGCUCUGGGAGAUUCGACUAUGUUACAAUAAGGAAAUGCCCCCCAAGACGCUCAAAGACUGUCCCAAAGAUUUUUCAGGCCCGUGUGGAAGCUUGCAAGAUAGUAUAACAUUCCCUGACCCUCCGUCGAGUAGUGAUGAAAUGGCGGACCAUUCGGCAGGGAUAGGAUCAGAAUUUCAAGCUAGUGAUGAAAAAUGAAUUAUACUAGUUCUGAUAUGAUGGAUGGACGUUUCUUAAUUAUAAAUAAGAUAAAUCUUAGAAUAACGGUUCUAAAAAGUAGAUAAGUAUAUGAUUAGUAAGUUUGGCAUCUCCCAUAUAAAAUCAAGGUUUACUUCCGGUGUUUGUUUGGGUUUAUGAGGGCUCCUCCAUCCUGUUUAACUUUGGUCCCAGCCGUCUGAACCUCCCCAAACUGUUGCCCUUAAUUAGCUCAAAAAAUUGUUGUAGGAAGAAAGGAGU